AUGGGACUUUUAAUCUAUGAUUUGGACCAUGGGGACAGGCAACUAUGUUUUUGUGCUCAGCUCUGGGUCCUUUUGAUAACUCUUGCAGGUGAAAUCUCUCCAACCAGCUCAGAUGCCCUCCUCAGCUCCUCAGCAGUGACAGCCAGUCCCUCACCACCCAAUGUGUACCUUCCCGCCAACUUUAAAAUGUCCAAUGCACAACUGGCUUUCUUCUUGCGGAAGACACAGAUCACAGGACAAACAGUUGGCGGCGGCAGCAGCAGCAAGAGCAGCAGUAGCCCCAGCACUGGACACCCGUUGCAGCGCUCUGAGAAUUUUGUGGUUUUCCAGACAAAAGACCUCCCUGCCAUUAACAUAAGCUUUGGGCCUUUUGCCUGGGACCAGACAGUAUCCAAAGAGUUGCUCCAGCCAGCUAGUCCACUGGAUAUUCCCGGCAAGCUGACAGUCAACUGGAAAGUGCGGGCCUUCAUUGUCCAAUCGCGGGUGUUCUCCAACAACCCCAUAGUCCAGGUGUUUUUCUACAUCGCUGGCCGUGACUGGGAUGACUUCAAGGCUCAGGACAAGCUGCCCUGCGUCCGUCUGCACGCCUUCCGAAAUACCCUUGAAAAUAAAACCUCCUGCCGCAUGAAAGGCAACCUGGCACAGUGCUUGGCCCAGCUGGAGAUGCCGCUGUCCUGGUUUAACACCAAUGUAGCUCCCCUGGGUCGGAGGAAAGGCUCCACUGACGGUCUCCUAGAUGGGUUAACUAGUGAGACCCUCAGGGUUGAGCUCUACUACACACUCCAUGCGCCCAAUCUUGAUGGGGAGUGUAAUGAGGGCUCAGGCCAUAGGGCUGGUGGUGUUUCAAGGGGAGAACCUCUGUCACAGCACCCCCUGCUGCGCAUUGGGAGCAUCAGCCUGUACCAGGCCAGUCAAGAGCAGCUGCUGGUGGACAAGCAGUUGGACAAAAACAUGUUCCUCAGGCUACCAGAGAAGCCCCUGAAGCCUGGAGAAACCCUCAAAAUCUCCCUCUACUUGAUGCCAAACUCCACUGUCGAACAGUUCACCCUCAAGGUCAAAGCAAAGAAAGGGGUGAACCUGCUCGAGACCAAGUCAAAGAACCCCCAGUGGAAGGUGGACUGGGAAGUGCAGUCCGGCGCCAAGCACUCCAUUACCACCAUCGAUGUGAACAAGAACAAAGCAGUCAAACAGGGGGAUGUAUUGGGUAAUGUCGAGGUGAUGCAGUUAGAUUUCGAGAUGGAGAACUUCACCAGCCUCUCGGUGACCAGAAGGAUCAACUGGAACAUUGACUACAAGGGCCAAAAUCCGCCUCCUGACUCAGAGAAGGUUGUGACGGAGUUGACGGUGGUGCAGCGAGAUAUUCAAGCCAUCAUCCCUCUGGCCAUGGACACUGAGAUUAUCAACACGGCCAUUCUGACCGGACGCACUGUGGCCAUCCCUGUCAAAAUGGUCUCCAUAGAGAUGAAUGGAGCAGUCACUGACGUCUCAGCCUUUGUGCAGUGCAAGUCCUCCAAUGAAGACAUUGUUAAGGUGUCCAUGAAUUGCGACUAUGUGUUCGUCAAUGGGAAGGAGACACGGGGAUCCAUGAACGCGAGGGUGAUCUUCAGCUACGAGCACCUGAGCGCACCGCUGGAGCUGACCGUCUGGGUGCCCAAACUUCCUCUGCAGGUGGAACUUUCUGACAACAACCUCAGCUUCAUCAAAGGCUGGAGGGUUCCCAUUCUGCCUGACCGAAGGAGCACCAGAGACAGCGACGCGGAUGAUGAAGACGACGAGCGCCGGGUGAGUCGAGGCUGCACCCUGCAGUACCAGCGGGCCCUGGUCAAGGUGCUGACCCAGUUCCACACCACCUCCACAGAGGGCACUGACCAGGUCAUCACCAUGCUGGGGCCCGAAUGGCAGGUGGAUGUCACAGACCUGGUCCAGGACUCCCUGAAGGUGGCCGACCCCAGGAUAGCAGAGUUGGUGGACAGGACGGUGUUGGUGGGACUGGAGCUGGGAUCCACUAUGCUCAAGGUGGAGUCUCCGCUGGCAGUGGAUGCAGUAUUGGGAGAGUCUGCGUUCUCUGUCACAGAUGACAAGGUUUCCAUCACAGAGAUGCGUGUUCACGGCAUCUCAGGCCUGACCCUAUCACUGCAGCCCAGCCCCGGCAACAGCCACACCAUGGUGGCCAAGGCAACCGGCAUCCAGACGCUCACUGCUCCCAAGCAGGAGGCCAGUUUGUCUGUUUGGAUGCUUUUCAGUGACAACACAGCCGCCACUCUGACUUACUUUGAUCCCAAAGACUACAACAUCAAUGCCACCACACUGGAUGACAGAGUGGUGUCAGUAUCCCAGGAGCCACAGCAGCGUUGGCCUGUGGUGGUGGCAGAAGGGGAGGGAUCUGGCGAGUUGGUACGUUUAGAGAUGACCAUCUGUGAGGCCUGCCAGAAGACCAAACGCAAAAGUGUCAUCGCAUCUGCUGCAGUUUAUGUCAAGGUCCGCUUUGGCCCUGAGGAAGAUUCUGAGGAAGAGGCAACAACCGAGGGCGAGAUAGAGCUGGCGCCGGUCACCAGACGUCCAAUCAUUGAUCCGAACAUCAGUGGAAGAAUUUAUGAGACAUCUAAUGAGCAGCCUGCCAGUGUUCCCAUUGAUUACACCAAUUUCCCCACCAUUAGCAACCAGGAGCGACCAACUGAGAGUGAUGAAGAGGAGGAAGACGACUUUGUACAUUCACCUCGAAACAUGACCGAUCUUGAGAUUGGCAUGUAUGCUCUACUGGGAGUCUUCUGUCUGGCCAUCUUAGUCUUUCUCAUCAACUGCAUCGUCUUUGUGCUUAAAUACCGUCAUAAGAGGAUCCCGCCCGAGGGUCAGGCCAACAUGGACCAUUCCCACCACUGGGUAUUCCUAGGAAAUGGCCAGCCACUGAGGGCCCAGUGUGAGCUGUCACCACAGCAGGUAGAAAGUCCCAGUAACCCUUUGGAGGGCGUACAGACUUGCUGCCAUGGAGACCACCACAGCAGUGGAAGUUCCCAGACUAGCGUUCAAAGCCAGGUACAUGGGCGGGGUGACGGCAGCUCUGGGGGCUCUACAAAGGAGAAUGGCGAGGAGGCCAGUUCACCCACCUCCAAGCGCAAAAGAGUCAAGUUUACCACCUUUACCACCCUUCCCACAGAGGAGCUGCCCUAUAACGCCAUCCCCAUAGCAGAUGAAGAGGACAUUCAGUGGGUUUGCCAGGAUAUGGGCUUUCAAGAUCCAGAGGAACUGCAUGAUUACAUGCGCAGAAUAAAAGAAAUAGCCUGAGAUAAGAGGUGCAGCGUGAAGCACAACUCUCAGCUUUCUAAAGAAACGUUCCUUUCUAUUUUUCCCUUUUUCACCUAAGUGAAAGAUCAUUUUUCACAGACUAAAAGGCCAACUGUUGUUUUGGUUAGGGUGUGUUCCAUUUAGUUUGCACAGUGCUGUAAUCUCAUACACGCUCACACAGAAGAGAAUGCAAGGAAGCCAAAGACUUCACCAGAGGAUCUCAAUCACUUGAGAAAUCUGUAAAUCUUGGCUAUAUAGGAAACAUGUUUCACUGGAAAGCUGAGCCAUGGCCAGAUGUAAAAGCUGCUCCUCUUGUAUUUUCAGGAUUUGAUUCUAUAGAAAGCCUGAUGUGGACAGGAAUGUAGAAGAGGUUUGGUAUUGGCUGUGUUUUUGCUGGCUCAUUAGGACUCUGCAGUACUGUACCUACUCCAAACAAAGAUGCCUUUGGUGAACAGAUAACUGUCAAAGACACUCAUGAAGGCUAUAUUAAAAAUCAUUUUGUUUUUGCCAAAGUAGGAAAAGCAUUCUUUUAAUGGCAAAACUUUGUCCAUUGUUGUUCUUGGUGCAGCACACUCAUGAUUUGUACUCAUGUUCAUUCCUUACAUUUUUCUACAUUUCAUAGGUAGUCAAAAGCAGUGCCCUACUACUAGUCCUCCUGGUACUAAACAAAUCUAAUGCCUUAUAAAAAUGGUCAAAGUUCACUUCGGCGCAGACUUCCUGUUUUCUCCAUAUGGCUAGAGACAAUGUAGUGAGAUGUAAAAUACUACUACUGAUCUCGAGCAUGAGGUCAAAUUAGAAAUGAGGGUGCAUUGCGAGGAUCUCUGACGGUCUUUGCAUGGAAAGGGAUCUUGAGACACAAUCAGCAAAAUUUUCCAAAUUUGUAAAUGUUUUUAUUGUAAUUAUAUAAUUAUUCAUACACAUUACUAAAAUAAAUAUGUUAUCAUGCAUUACACGCAUGCCAUGUGAGGCCUACAUACAUGCAGACAUUCCUCUCUAGUGUAUAUACCGAAUCAAGCCAGCGUUCCGUCCCCGCCCCCACACCAACGUUCAACAAGUUUCACUCUGGAAACUUGUAUAGUCUUGUGGUGAUUAGAAGGUUCCCCUCACAAAUGAGCUUUUUAACAAAUCACACAAUUUAUCACAUUUGACUGUUGUGAACCAGGGGACUUGCUAUGCAUCAGAAUUGUAAUAGAUCUAAUCUUUUGAUGAUUUAUUUCUCUUCGUCAAGUUCGGCUGCUCUCUAGCCUUUGGGAAAGUAAAAAAAAAAAAAAGUUCUUGUUGGAAAACUUUCACACUGAACACAAGAUCCUCUACACUCUCCAGGAAAGGUCAUUCACCCAGAAAAAAAGAUUACUGAUUAAAUAUUGAUUUUGCCCCAUCAUUUGAAUCAUGGCCAUCUCAUGUCGUCAUGCUGUUUGUAAAACACACUCUACUAUAUAUGUAGUUCCUAUUUUGUUCAACCUAUUCCAGUGAACUCACAUUUGGAGGGAACAAAUGUGCUUUGUCUGAACUCUAUGGAGACGAGAGACUAGCAGCAGAGAAAUCAGUUGUUAAUACUGGCAGAAAGGCUGUGUGGAUGCCAUGGGUGUGGUUGUGGCAACGUGUAAAAGUAACUCAGGAUGCUGAUUGGUUACAUUGACAAAUCAAAAGUGAUAUGAAACAGCACAGCGGGCGGAUGUUAUUUGCAGGUUUUGAUGUGCAGAAAGAGUUAAUUGCUGUGUUGAGCGUUUAAAGGUUUGUUGACAUUUUAAACUACACUGAAGCAGAAGGGGAAAGAUCUGGCGGGUUUUAAAAGAGCGUAAAAUAUCUUGAGUGAGAUUUCAACCAAAAGGCACCCAGACACAUAGUAUCUGAGAGCAUGAUAACAGCAGAGCUAAUAUUAUUUUUAAUUGCAGUUGCCCUGUUAGCGGUGCGUGUGCUUUUUAGUAGCAGAGUGGGUGAUUGGAGAUUACUUUUGAAGGUUGACGUUAUUCAGGCUCUGAUCUCACAUACAUCAAGUUAUUUUCAAGACUAAUGAAGCAACCAUGUAAUAAAAUGUAGUUUCCUUGUCACUUUCCUUUAAUUCUGUACUGCAUCUAAGGGCUUGGAUUUUUCUUUUAUGUUAACUGACUGAGAAAACUAAUGUUACAUGCUCCCUAUGUGUUGAUAAUGAACCUAAGCUCCAUAUGUCACUCAAAGCUGUGACUAAAAAUGUACAACAUUUUAUUUACAUCCCACUUGAUUUUCAGCCCCUACAACCCUAUUAAAGACCCAAUCCAGAAUUGUUCUCCUUGAGGCAGCGCUGUUAUACAACAAAACAGCCUUAUAUGGGGAAAAAAGCAUUGAAUUAAAACACAUUUUAUAUUUACUUUUAAAGAUUUGUUUCUUGAGCUCCUCUAUUAGCUGCCCAUACGUGACAGCUAAACACAAGUGUUAAAUGUGACCUGAAGAUGGAACUGGUUUGCUUACGGCAACAUUGUAAAUACUGGAGCAAAACAGGCUUUAAUUUUAAAUUUAUCUGAAAGUUGCAAUGAGAUUAUUUUCCAUCAGUAAACCACAUCUUCAUUCGAUAUUCUACAUGUAUAUAGACCCACAUUUGAUCCUGGAUUGGGACUUUAAGGAUUUGGUUUACUGCAUGCCCUCUAUGUUCCAUGUGGUUGAAAUGAAUAAUGACUUGAUUCUAGUGUAUAAUAAUAUUCAAUCUGUGUUAACAUCUAAAGAGAAGAUAUUAUUUGUGACAGUCCAAGCCCGUCAGCCACAGCAUCAACAUGAUUUGCCAUGAAAUUUAGAGAAGCAGUAGCCAGCUGGAAGUGUUUCUGUUUUAACCUGAAAUGAUGGUUUCUCAGGAUGAAUGUAGGAUUAUAACCUGGUUGUUUAGUGUUAAUGUGAUCCAUCUGGUGACACCACUAUAACUGAUUAAGUAUCUAAUAGCAGCUUUACAAAGCUUCCAUCGUUCCAUCGGCGUUGAUUUAUUCACAUUGUAUGUAAAUAUUUUGCCCAUUACAUGAUACGUGUCAAAUACCUUUUUUAUUUUUCACAGAAUUUUAAAAUUCUACUUCCCGUUCCUCUGUGCAUUUUAAAAUGUUCUUUUUUGUAAUGCUGCUUUGGUGACGGUGCACAUAUUGCUAAUUUUGUAUUGUCUUCAAGCUGCUAAUAGAAACUUAUCUUUUUACAACAUGUAAUUGAACAUCUUGAAUUGUACCUUUCUGCUGCCCCCAUGGAAAACUGUGCACGAUGUACACGGCUCAGUUGGCUGUGCCAAGUAACCACACCGCUCACGAUAAUAUGUUAAUGUACAGAGCACUGUUCAAUUUCCUGUAUUCUCUUGAAAAUAAACCCUUGUAUUUUCCCGUUAAAUGUAAAGUACUAAAGAAAAUGCAAUACACAAAUGA